AUAAGAAGUACAGAAAAGGUCGCGUUUUUUCUAUCUCUCGAAUUGCUCGCGUUAUUUACUUACAUCUAAUUAUAAAUCAACAUUUCUUGGAAAAUUCGUUCACUGAAGCUAAGAAUAUUGGCUUUACGAUUAUGAGCCCUGUUUGUCAAAUCAAAGCUAGUAAGUAAAGUUUGUUGAAACCGUUGUAGAAUAUUGGGAAAGCUGGAACAAUCCGCGACAACAUGCGCUGCAGUAGCUGCCCAACAAUUCGAUAGUCGGGGGAAGACCCAAAGACGCAGGUAACGUAACGGAAAGGGGAUUCGUAGCAGUUUGUUCCCAUUCGUUGCCCUCGUUGGAUCAAAAUCGACUGGCAGAGCCAGUGAAUCAUACAGCAAGCGGAAGCUUAAGCCCCAUUCCCGGCACUUCCGCAUUUGACUUUUGGGAAAGAAUGGCGACUUACAACAACGCACACUGGUUGCUGUCCCAUAUUCGAAACUCGUUCAUUUCAACCGACGAUACCGGAUUGAGUGAGACGGUUAUGAUGUUGGAAGACAUUCCAGCUCAGUACGCUCAGUUGCACAAGCAAGCACUUGUGAGUCGAUCUGCAGGACGAAAUUCGUCAAAGAGUUACGAGGAUUUCUAUUGCUACCCUGGCUUGGAUGAUUCAGAUGAAGAGGAACUGGAUUCGAUGUCACAGUCAUACGAGAUUCAAAUGGACCAAGAAGUUGGCUUCCAUCGGCAACGUUCGAAUACCGCACAGAAGUUAGAAAGAUUGGAAAUUGCUAGAAGGAAAGCAGCACGAAUAAAGAAUGUGAAAUACGAAACUACGGUGCAAAGAACAGAGGAAGGCGACGAUGAACUUUUUGUGCGAAAGACUGUUAGCAGGUUACCUAGGGAGGAGAGAACAUCAAUGCUUACAACUCAAUUGGAAACCUACCCCAAAUUGCCACAGAAUAAAUUUCUCGAGUAUGCCAAAUUCGAUGGAACCUCGCAAACGGAAGUACUCACAAAGACCUUCAAGAUUUUCUUGAUUAUGAUGCCCGAGGAGCAGCAAAGAGCUUACCCGAUGCAGGUUUGCGUUACAGCCACUGCCAAAAUUCAGGAAUUUAUCGGUUUAAUUUGCUACAAAUGUAGUCUAGCGUAUCCGGAUGUAAGCUUGCGAUCCAUACGACACUACGGACUGUUUAUGACCGAAGAGGAUGGAGAAAUUGAUUUAGAUUUUCCCGCAUUGGACGUUAGGGAACCCUGCUCAAAAUUUUGCUUUUCCCAUUUAGCGAUUGCAGAACGAAAACCCUCGGAGCUUCAAACUCAAACCAGCUUUAGUCAUCCAUCGAUGAUACGAUCAGAGCAAAGAACGCGCUCGCUAACAUCGGAACUUGGCGAAGCAAGUUCUCAAUUAACACCCCGGGCGGAGGAAACUUCCGUCGCAGAAGUUAAAAUGAUGACCCUUCAGCAGAAAAAGGAUUUGGAUAAAAUGCAAGGCCAUACAUCAAAGCUGGAGGCUCCUCUGUACAGAUCUUUUCCUGUAUUUAUAAUUCACAAGGCGCGUCUGAAAACAGAAGUUCAGCUGGGAAUAUCCGGUGACAAGCUUGAAAUAGACCCGCUACAACAAAAGUCGACCAAAUUCUGGCCCCGCCAGAAACCCGCCAACCAUAGUAUGGACUCUGUGGCCCACUGUUCUAUCGUGGAACGAAAAUCAUCCAAAGCAGUAAUUCGAAUAGUUUACAGCACGGUACCUCUCUCGCUAACCCUUACGGUUGCCGGUACUGAUAUCGUUACCUCAAGUCCCACCAUCCGUCAGCAACAGCAGCAGCUGCAAUCAUCCCAGCCUCAUGUUUUCAAACAUUACGAUAUCGAAACCGAUCUUCUCACUGCGCAGGAAAUUGUCGAGAAGAUUAACAACAUUCUCGAGGUUAGGUCGAGUCCUGUACGCCGAGAGUACAUUGCUAGCCGAAGUGGUCGAUAGAAAAACGGACACAUCCCGAACCCUUGUACAUAUACUCACAUUUUUCAGUUCAUAGCUCGAUACAGGUUAUUUAUUUUCACUUUCAUUCCCUGCCUAUUUUACAAUAGAUACAUAGUUCCUCUUUUUGUUCAACAUAAACCGAUAGUUAGGACAACAUACGCAACUGUUCUUAUCAAUGCAAAGCAAGAGCCUGGAAUGCAGGCAAGCUGCCUGUGACACAAUAUGCAAUUUUACAACUCUUAGGUAAUUUGAAAGUGUUCACCAGUUUUAGGUUUAAACUAAUAUUUAACAAACAAACAGAACAUAAUAGCUAACGAAAAUCGUUGGUGUAACUAACAAGAGAUUACAACAAAGAAACACAGAUCGUCACGGAACUUAAGACAGAAAAAAUGCAACUGAAAUAGCCAAUACAAAUUUAGAAUAGUUAGAAUUCAACCCAAAACUAUCUCGACUCACCCUCGGUUCAUUCAUGGGUCACGAUCGAAACCUCGCGCGAAUAACGGCACAUUUUUUCAAAGUACUGGUAUCCUGCUAAAAACCGAAGUGUUCCUUUUUAUCGAACAACGUCGAUCGCUGCUCGCAUACAACAAUGACUUACUAUCGAAAUGUUAGGAUGUAGGGUGAGAAUGAUGGCAAAGAAACUGUCACGAGAGGAAACCUGUGUAAAUUUGUAAAAAUAUCAAACUUGUAAGCUAGUUAUGUACAUAUGAUUUUCUUAAUUGGCAACUGUUAAGACCGGGCAAUGAAGAAUAAAUUUCGAAACGAUUUUAAUUUUCUUUUACAUUGAACAGCAUGAGCACUUAUAUGAGUAUCGAAACCGUAACAUAUAAAUGAGCACUGCAAAUUCGAUAGUUUUAUAAUAUUUAUUACAGCUAUGAUUUCUACAAGAAUAAAAACAAUUUUAUCAACAAAAA